UUACAAUUUUCGUAAACACAUUCGUUAAAACCAAAAAUGAUUUCUGCAUUUAUUAAUGUACGAACUGUAAGAAAUACUCCAAACAGAAUUGCAAUAUUUCUAUUUCGUAAUAAAACGAACGAGGCAGUUGCUCCGAAUGAUGAGUCAACAAAUUCAGAAAACUGGGACUUGCCGAUUGAAACCGAAAAUCCAUUUAAAAGAGAACGACGAUUAUGUAUUUUAUGUAAAUUAAACAUUGAACCAGAUUAUAAAAAUGUACGUUUAUUAUCUCAAUUUCAAAGUCGGUAUACAGGUAGAAUUUAUGGAAAACAUAUAACUGGAUUAUGUGAACAUAAGCAGAAGAAGGUGGAACAUGAGAUAAUAAAAGCACAACAAGCUGGGUUAAUGGGUUAUAUGACAAAGGAACCCAAGUUUGUUGAUGAUCCAAAAUUAUUUAAUCCUAAUUAUCCAUUUAGGCCACAUAAGUGGACUUAAAUGUGGAAUAUAAAACUUA